UUGACACACUUUAUAAAAAAAUUGAAGCAAUAAUGACGAAUGUAAAAAUGCAAAUGAAAAUAGAUUUGUCAGCUCGCUGCGUCGUUUCAUAUCAGUAGGGUGCGCAGACGCUGCUGAACGUGCGCACGGCCGCGCCUCACGACCCCCGUACAGUGUCAACAAAAAAUGUGUAGUGAAAAGUGCCACUGGAAAAUAUUAUUACUAUUUAUAGGUAUUUUUCACAGCACGCAAGCGGCUUGGUUACGCUGUUACAAGGGAACACUUGAUAACUUCGAAGUGGUUCCACUGACGAAGCCCCAACUCCUGGUUAAUUCAACAUGCAUCAACCAUGCCCACCCGACCAUCGUGUUCACAUUCGGCUACAGAGGCAAGGUGGGGGGACCGGCCACCACCGCCGUCCUCUCGGCCUACUUAGCCACUAAAAAGAGGAACGUGGUUCUCCUUGAUUGGGAGAAGGAAGCUGACGUCGGAAUACUUGGUCUGCCAAUGACUUACGUAUUUUCGGCAGUUCCUAAUGCAAAAAUUGUUGGUGAUGAUUUGGGAAAAGCUCUUACAAUGUUGGCCCGAGCUGGGAUGAAUACGACACGACUACAUCUCCUAGGACAUUCCUUGGGUGCCCACGUGAUGGGGUACGCUGGCAGGCGGGCCAGAGAAAACGGCCACGUUGUUGCAAGAAUCACAGGUUUAGAUCCAGCACGGGCUCUGUUCGAGGGCUCGCUGGGCGUGCGCGCCGGGCUAGAUCGCAAGUGCGCGCGCUUUGUGGACAUCAUCCACAGCGACCCCGGCGGCUACGGCACCACCACCUCCACCGGCACCGUGGACUUCUGGCCCAACUACGCUGGCAGCGGCGGCACGCAGCCCGGCUGCCCCAAUGGGGACUUUGACAUGUUCAGCCCAGAAGACCUGUGCAGCCACGAUCGCUCUUGGCGGCUGUUCGUGGAGUCAAUACAGUCGCCCACGGCCUUCCCGAGCGCGUUCGCGCCGGAUUACGACACCUGGGCGAGGCACCCUGCCCGCUCCGCUCACACCAUUUACAUGGGAGACUUGGUCAACACACGUGCCUCGGGCGACUAUUUCCUAACCACAGGGCCGACGUCGCCCUACAGCUUGGGGCCUCGGGGCCUCAUUCCCGACGACAACCAGACGAGGAGACGACGAAGCUCGACCCUCACCCGCCUGCUCAAGUACUUCAGGUGAUACGCAGCCAACACAGUGCAGACAACUCGAAGGACUGCUUAUUAUUAUAUCACUAGAUUAUUUUAUCAGUGAUGGUGAGUCCGUUUUCUAGUGAUAGUGAUAUACCAACGUCCCCACAGUUAACAAACAAUUUGUAAACCUAAGUGCAAAGACACAAAGUCUACACCGAUCGGAUAAGGUAUAAUAGCCAAUUCAUCAAAAUAUAGUGAGUAUUGAGGUCUUACCCUUACCGUAUUGAUAGAGUGUAUGUGAAUUGUAAGGGGUAUGAUAGGUAUUAAAACCUUGCAAUGCCGACAUCAGGUUAAUAAUUUAAUGCACUAGAAGGCACAGGCUACCUACCUACCUCUACUUAUCUAUAACGCAACUUUAUGUGCUUCGUUUUUGACAAUUCAAACUGCUGUUUUAAAAACGCUGGCAAAUUCUUAACACCUCAUAAUUCACCUAAUAUCGCAGUGCGAUUGUUUAUUAUUACAGAAGACAUGUGGUGUAACGUCAAUAUUUGGUAAAGCAUGGAAAAGUGAAGCUUCAAGGGUGGUUUUAAUUAUAGAUGAGGAUCGCUUUGUUUAUGAAUUCAUGAUAAUCAUGAUCAGUUGGUGUACAACAAAAUAUGUAAGAUGUUAGCUUAUUUCUGACAAUAAACUAGUUCUUAAACAUAUUUUGUAAUGUUAGUGACAAGAGAACUGUAUUAAAAUCAGGAAUAUUAAUAAAUACAAAAUAAUGAGUAAAAAAUUGUUUUCAUUUAAUAAAUUUCACUAUUUACACUAUAGUACAAUAUACAGCUAAAUAUAUUUUAAAUUUUGGCAACAUAAUAUGAUUAUCCACAUGGAAGUUAUACUAAAUAAGUUACAUUACAAAUCGAAGUUGCUAUUACAUUACAACUAGAGUCUGUGCGGAAAGAGAAGAGUCGUGGAAUGUAUGGGGCCCAAUGCAUUCCACGACUCUUCUCUUUCCGAACAGACUCUAUGACAUAACAUAUGAAUAUGUUAUCAUAAAUACCCGUUUCAGUUAAACAUGUUUUCCUUCGAAACACGAAAACAAGAAUUAACUAAUGCUCAAAUAACAAUUUCAGUUAAAACUAGUUCUUUUCGCUGUGUCCUACCAGGGUCUAAGGUUAGGGUGCGAUGAUCACCGAAAUGAGGCUGAGCGUGUUAAAUUAAACUUACAACGAACCAGAACCGACCUUUUUUUAUUUUAUUAUUUUUGUGUCAUUGAAUGUGUUUUUGUACUGACUAAUCAAUACGUACUAUUAUUACCUAAAAUUAGCUGUUGAAAAAAAUUUCUAUUUGAGUUUUAGGUUUCACUGAUGCACUGACAAGAGCAGGUAAAACUAGUUUUAACCAAUGCACUUAUAAAACUAGUUUAACCCAAAACGAAAUUUUACGAUAACUUAUGCAGAGAAAAUAACUAUAUAGCUACUUGCAGAAUGAGUGUACAUUUGGGCUAAAAUCCAUACAUAAAUACAACGACAAAUACUUAAGAAAUAAAUUCUGCUUUAGUCAAAAACGAACAAUCAGGUAUAGUCAGAUCAAUCUAAGUUGGCUGCGAUUUAGAUACCCCAGACUGUGCAAAUUUUAUUUUAAACGUCAAACUUCUAGAAAUUAUGAUGAUUGAUGUUUAAAUAACACAUGCAUAGUCUGGGGUAUCACAAUCGCUGCAAACUUAGCUUGGUCUAACCUUAUACGGCCAUUUUUUUGUGAAAUUAAUGAAAAAAAAAUACUAUUCUAUUGUAAAUCAAUAUGUUGCUAAAUAAUAAUGAGUUAUUUUAUUUUUUUAAUAAUAUAUACUUACUAAUUUAAAAUAGUUUCGAUGCAACUUCAAUUGUGACACAAUAUAUUUUGAAUGCUCAACGCGAAUAUCUUAUUUAACCACAAAGCAAUACAUAAUUAUACGCAUAUACCUACUUAGAAUGCUAACCUAUACAACUGGCCUAUCACAGUAUAUUCACUAUUUUAUACCUGUCGCGUCGAAUGAGUAUCCCAAUGACAGUUCCUUCAAGUCUAUUUUAAUUGGGCUGAAUU